AUGGGGACUGGAGAAAUGGGCAGGAAGACGGUGGCCACAAAGAAGACGAAAAAGUCUCUGGAGUCGAUCGACUCUAGGCUCCAGCUUGUUACAAAAAGUGGAAAGUACAUGCUGGGGUACAAGCAGACUCUGAAGAUGAUCAGACAGGGCAAGGCCAAAUUGGUCAUCCUCACCAACAACUGCCCAGCUUUAAGGAAAUCUGAAGUAGAAUACUAUGCCAUGUUGGCCAAAACUGGUGUCCAUCACUGCAAUGGCAAUAAUACUGAAUUGGGCGCAGCAUGCAGAAAAUACUACAGAGUCUGCACACUGGCUGUCAUCAAGCCAGGUGAUUCUGAUAGAAGUGUGCCAAAGCAGACUGGUGAAAAGUAA